UAUUUUUCUAGUUUAUCCUUUUUAACCAGGUUCUCUCAAAAGUAUCAUUUCUCAUUUUGGCUGUGAGCACGCGACAUCAGCUGAGAUGGCUGCUAUUCCCGAUCCCGAAAAGGAGUCUAAAUCCGAAGCGCCUCAGCUCACCACCGAGGAUCAGCUUGGAGUUCGGACUGUCUAUGGCGACGAAACGCACAGAAGGCUCAAGGGCCGGCACAUCCAACUUAUUGGAAUUGGAGGGACAAUCGGCACUGUUCUUUUCGUCCAAAUCGGCAAAGGCCUAAUGCAAGGCGGUCCAGGAAGUCUCUUCAUCGCCUUUUCCUUCUGGUGUCUAAUCGUCCUCACUAUCACAAUGUGCAUCGCCGAAAUGGUCUCUUACACGCCAAUCUCGUCUCCGUUCGUCCGAUUUGCCGGUAUCUACGUCGACGAAGCUCUCGGUUUUGCUUCCGGCUGGAAUUUUUUCAUCUUCGAAGCUGCGCUUGUACCCUUCGAAGUCACAGCUUGUCAUUUCAUUCUUCAAUUCUGGACCGAUGCGAUUCCUGUGGGCGCUACUAUCGCUGUGAUUAUCGUGCUGUAUGCACUCAUCAAUCUCAUGGCGAUUCAGUAUUUUGGCGAGACUGAGUUUUGGGCUGCUAUUGGAAAAGUCAUUUUGAUCGUUGGCCUCAUCUUCUUUACGUUCAUCGUCAUGGUUGGUGGGAAUCCGCAGAAGGACGCGUUCGGAUUUACCUACUGGAAGAGCCCUGGCGCUUUUGCGGAGCUUUACUACGACGGCGCCUUGGGUAAAUUCGUAGGCUUUCUGGCUUGUCUCAUCCAAGCUGCCUUUUCGAUCGCUGGUCCCGAUUACGUCGCCAUGGCAGCUGGAGAAGCCGAAAACCCUCGCAAGAUUCUGCCCCGGGCUUUCAAGACGGUCUUUUACCGGCUGACCUUCUUCUUCGUGCUUGGAUCCCUCUGUGUCGGCAUUCUAGUGCCUUACGACGACCCAAACAUGAUUGCUGCGUUCAGGGAUGGCAAGUCAGGAGCUGCUGCUUCGCCAUACGUUAUCGCCAUGGACCGUCUUGGGAUCCGGGUUCUGCCGCAUAUCGUCAACGCCAUGAUUCUGGUGUCGGCAUUUUCCGCCGGCAACUCCUAUGUGUUUUGUGCGACGAGAUCUUUGUAUGGCCUUGCGCUUGAAGGGAAAGCACCGAGGUUUUUGAAAAUCUGUACUAGGACUGGUGUUCCCAUUUACUGCGUCCUUGUGGUGCUGCUCAUCGCUCUGCUCUCUUUCCUCCAACUGUCGAAUAGCUCAGCCGUUGUUCUGAGUUGGUUUGUGUCCUUGGUCACAGCCUCUCAGCUGAUCAACUUCUCCGUCAUCUGUCUUACGUACCUUUGUUUCUAUCGUGCAACAAAGGUGCAGGGAUUCGACCGCUCUACACUUCCUUAUCGCGCGUGGUUCAUGCCAUAUGCUGCGUACGUCGGACUAGUUGCGACUUUUAUCAUGGUAUUCGUUGGAGGAUAUACUGUUUUUCUGCCAGGAAUGUGGGAUAUUCCUAGCUUCUUGUUCUCGUAAGUAUCUUUGCUGAACUGACAAUUACACAACUGACCGCCACAGAUACACUUCGGUUGGAUUGUUCCCAGUGUUUUAUGUCGGAUGGAAGAUUGCCCAUAAAACAAAGAUUAUCAAGCCAAAAGAGAUUAAUCUCCGACAUAACUUGGCUCCGAUUGAAGAGUAUGAGAGAAAUUAUGUGGCUAAACCACCAGCAAACUGGUUCGAGAAGGGUUUGCACUUUUUGUUCGGUUGAGAGUACGAUGCAGUAAGAAAAUUUGCAAAUCUGAAGAGUAGGAAGCAAGGAAAUGGAGUUAAGAUAUCAAUAUGUGUUGGCAACAUGACGGAGCGUUUCUAUACAUCUACUGGCGAAAAUACUAGACGGCAUCUGGGGCGGUUAGAAAAAAGGGCAACUAGCAUACGACGAUACCCAAGUUUAAUCGCAAAGCUAUCAUUUCUUAGAAACGCACAUUAGGAAACAGAAUAUCUUUUAGAAUACCUGAGCUAAUCCUUCCAGUCUCGUAAGAAUCUAUUUCUCAAUAUAUGGUGCCAAGGUCUCAGCAG